GCGGCCCCCGCAGAGCCGCCGGCCCGGCCAUGUGCCGACAGGGGUGGCUGCUGCCGGCUGCCUGCUCCGCUGCCGCCCGCCUCCUCAGCCUGCUUGCUGCCGCUUAUUUUUAAUUUUUUUAAAAAAUCGUUAUUUAAUUUUUUAAAUUUUUAAUUUUUUUUUAAAUCCAUUUAUUUUGGUAUUGAUGCUCUCCGAGCGGGAGACUUCGGGAGACGCGGUCCUCACCUGAGCGAGCCGGCCCCAUUCCCCCGUGUGAAGGCUGUUAAUGGAGAAGAGGGCGGAUGACAGCCGGGACUGUGGUCAUCACAGGUGGAAUAUUAGCGACUGUCAUUCUACUCUGUAUCAUCGCCGUCCUCUGCUACUGUAGGCUCCAGUACUACUGCUGCAAGAAGGAUGAAUCCGAGGAGGACGAGGAGGAGCCCGACUUCGCCGUGCACUCGCACAUCCCUCCGCUGCACUGCAACCGCAACGUAGUGCUGACCAACGGCCCCUCCAUCUACUCCUCGUCCCCCUUCGCCAAAAAACCUGCCCAGAGCCGGCCCAGCUGCCCCAGCUGUGCUCCCUAUGAGCCUUCCACCUCCUUCCUCCAAGAGCCUCCCACCUCCUUCCUCCAGGAGCCCCCAACCUCUUUUCUCCAAGAGCCUCCCACCUCUUUUCUCCAAGAACCCCCAACCUCUUUCCUCCAAGAGCCCCCCACCUCCUUCCUCCAGGAGCCCCCCACCUUCUUCCUGCAGGAGCCCCCCGAGGAUCUGCACAACGGGGGGGACCGGGUGAGCUACAAGACGGUGAGCCAGGAGGAUCUGGCCCUGCCGGUGUCCAACCUGCAGGCGCUCAACCCCAACCGGCUCUCGGCCAUGCGGGAGGCGUUCUCCCGCAGCCGCAGCAUCAGCACCGAUGUGUGAGCUGGGAGAUGGGGGCUGAGAGAUGGGAGAUGUGAGAGAUGAGAGAUGAGGGAUGAGAGAUGGGAGCUGGGAGCUGGGAACUCAGAGAUGUGAGCUGUGAGCUGCAGCCCACCCACCCCUCAGCAUCCUCCCGGGGUUUUGGACAGUGGGAAGGACUGGUUGGGAUUGGUGGUGGAGUUUUGAAAAGGGGAAAAAACAAGCAAACAAACAAGCAAACAAACAAACAAACAAAGAAACAAAAUUGAAUGUAUUCCUGUAUGUAUGUAUUGCAGAGCAACCCCAAGCGAGGAGCACAGGGGUGCAGCUGGAACAGGAGGUUUCCCAGCAUUGUGUUGCUUGGGUUUUUUGGGUUUUUUUUUCUUUUAUAAAGAGGAUUUUGAUAUUGAGCAUCCUUUUCUACAGAGGAGCUGCCCCUCCUCAGCAUUUGGGUGAAUGAUGGGGCUCGUGGGUGGCUGAACAUGGCUCGUGCUGCAGGUCAGCAGCAGCUGCUGGCACAACCUGGGGGCCCCAGGGUGCACUCACACCCCAAAAUGUCCUCUAGCCAAGCAAGGCUGUCACUGGCCACCCCUCUGGCUCCCUGUGCUGUGCUGCUGGCUGCUGCAGCCUCAGCAGGGUCUGGGGGUGUGGGGGUGAGUGAGCACAGCCCUGCAGCGUUCCCAUCCCAUCCCACUCCUCCAGGCAGGAUAAUUCCCAGGUACAGCCAGGCACAACCCCCUCAGGGUCAGGAUGGAGGCUGGGUCUGGCCCUGGAGCCCCCCAGAGUGGCCUCAUGGACCCUCUGAAGGUGCAGAACUGCUGCAGUACUCGGCUGUGGAAAUGGCACACAGCAGAG